UGUUUCAGCGUCUAUCAAACAGAUCAACUUCACCAACUUUUAAACAAGAAAGAUUCUCCUGCUGAACGUCUCCACAGGUCAAACUCUGACAUGUGGUCCAUACGAGUAUGAGACACCUGGUGGAUGCUGUCCUGUGUGUCCACCUGGAAGCUGAAAACACUUUUCUCUGGGAGUGUGUUACCUGUCCUGGUUUGGAGUUACAUUUCUCUUGGUCCUAAAUCUGCGUUGGUUCAAACAGACGAGGAAUCUGUGCUGGUCUUCUGUUACAGAGAGAAUGAGACCUGGAUCAGCUGCAGUGUUUCUGAUUCUCCUGCUGAACGUCUCCACAGGUCAAACUCUGACAUGUGGUCGAUACGAGUAUGAGACACCUGGUGGAUGCUGUCCUGUGUGUCCAGCUGGAGGUCGAGUUUAUGAAAACUGCACAGACUCUGAAAGUACUCACUGUAAGCCCUGCACUGAAGGAACCUUUAUGGACCAUCCAACUUACCGUACACGGUGCUACGACUGUAAAAGCUGUGAUGAAGGUUCUGCUCUGAAGAUGAAGACGUCGUGUGCGAUAGUAUCAGACACAGUUUGUGAACCUGUGGAAGGAUUUUACUGCUCAGACUCUAGAAAGGACGACUGUGUGGAAGCAAAGAAACACAGACGCUGUGAACCAGGAGAAUACAUCAGAGAACACGGAACUUCCUCCACAGACACCGUGUGCUCCACCUGCUCAGAUGGAACAUUUUCAGACGGGACGUUUACAUCUUGUCAGAAUCACAAACAAUGUGAAUCAGAGGGUCUGCUGCUGCUGAGAGCAGGAACUGAGACAGAGGACGCUCAGUGUGGAGGAAAAGUGUCACACAGGACUGCACAGAUUAUCUGUGGUGUUGGUGUUGGGAUUGUUGGGAUGUUUUUAGUCUCUGGACUUGGAGGGUUUUAUGUCAGUUGGAGGAGGAAAAACGCAGCAGGAAACAAAAGACAUUCAGGACCCUCCGACCCGGAAGAUGUGAACCUUAGAGAACAAACCCUGAAGAGUCUGAUGUCAGAUGACUCCAAAGAGUCGAAGGGUGAGACGGUUCAGACUGAACUCCUGCAGAGUGAAUCAUCUCCAGGAUCCUGUUCUGGUCCAGCUGCUGGAUCCUGACACACUGUUGAGACCUGUUUAUAUGUAUAUAUGUGUUUAUAUUUAUAUCUGGUUUUAUAUCCGGUCCAGUUUUGUUUUUGAGACGAUGAUUGAACACAAACACUUUCAUCAGCGCUCCAUCGGCUCUCUCACCAUCAAGUUUAAAUCUUUUGGAAAUUAAAGAUUGUCCCUUUACUUUCUUGGGUCGGCUGUGGAUCAGUGGUGGUCGGUCGUCUCCCAAGUGAAAGGUCGGGGGUUCAAUCCCCAGCUCCUGCAG